CUUGCCAUUCACAAUUAAUUAUCCAUUUCUCCUUAAAUAAGCAAAGCAUAUCUCAUCUCUCGUCAAUAUCAGUCAAUCAACUAACAAAGAGAAAUACUAUAAUAAAAUCUAAACUGACUGACCAUAUCCGAAAACCUAACCCCUAGCACUGUCUUUGCUAAUAAUUGGGAGCAGCACGAAAGGCAGCCCAUAGCCAUGGAUGAAGAGUACGAUGUCAUAGUGCUGGGAACUGGUCUCAAGGAAUGCAUCCUCAGCGGUCUUCUCUCUGUUGACGGACUCAAGGUUCUCCACAUGGAUAGGAAUGACUACUAUGGAGGAGAGUCUACAUCACUCAACCUCAUUCAGCUCUGGAAGAAGUUUAGGGGAAAUGAUAAGCCUCCAACUCAUUUGGGCUCUAGUAGAGAUUAUAAUGUGGACAUGAUCCCUAAGUUUAUGAUGGCAAAUGGUACCCUUGUGCGGGUGCUCAUUCAUACAGAUGUUACAAAGUAUCUGUACUUCAAAGCUGUGGAUGGUAGCUAUGUUUUUAAUAAAGGAAAGGUUCAUAAGGUGCCAGCAACUGACAUGGAGGCACUCAAAUCUCCACUUAUGGGAAUAUUUGAAAAACGUCGUGCACGGAAGUUCUUCAUAUAUGUUCAAGAUUAUGAUGAAAAGGAUCCUAAAACCCAUGAGGGAAUGGACUUGACAAGGGUGACAACUAGGGAGUUAAUUGCGAAAUAUGGUCUUGAUGGUAACACUGUGGACUUCAUUGGUCAUGCAUUGGCGCUUCACAGAGAUGAUCGCUAUCUGGAUGAACCUGCAUUGGAUACUGUAAAGAGGAUGAAGCUCUAUGCGGAGUCUAUUUCUCGUUUUCAAGGUGGAUCUCCAUACAUUUAUCCGCUGUAUGGAUUAGGCGAGCUGCCCCAGGCUUUUGCACGGCUUAGUGCUGUAUAUGGUGGAACAUAUAUGUUGAAUAAACCUGAGUGCAAGGUGGAGUUUGAUGAUGAAGGCAAAGUUAGUGGUGUCACAUCUGAAGGUGAAACUGCUAGGUGUAAGAAAGUUGUUUGUGACCCUUCCUACUUGCCGGACAAGGUUAGAAAGAUUGGUAAGGUUGCAAGGGCAAUUGCUAUUAUGAGUCACCCAAUUCCAAACACCAAUGGUUCUCAUUCAGUGCAGAUCAUCCUGCCACAAAAGCAGUUGGGUCGCAAAUCAGACAUGUAUGUCUUCUGUUGUUCAUAUUCUCACAAUGUUGCUCCAAAAGGCAAAUUCAUUGCAUUUGUUUCAACAGAGGCUGAGACAGAUCACCCUGCGACUGAACUAAAGCCUGGAAUUGACCUUCUAGGUCCUGUUGACGAGAUAUUCUUUGAUAUCUAUGACAGAUAUGAACCAGUCAAUGAACCUUCUCUAGACAAUUGUUUCAUAUCAACAAGUUAUGAUGCUACAACACACUUUGAAUCAACUGUCAUGGAUGUACUUAACUUGUAUACCAUGAUAACUGGAAAGGUGCUUGACCUCAGUGUGGAUUUAAGUGCUGCCAGUGCUGCAGAAGAAUAAUGACCCUAAACCAUAGUGUUUGCCAAUGUUUGUGCUUGUUUAAGUUUCCUACAGUGUUGAAUGUCGCUGGUGGGAUUUAUUUGUCUACCUGAAGUUGGGUUGAACAUUUCAGUUUUCUUUUAUAGUACUUAUCACACUAUAUUUAAUAGUAUGAUAUAUUUAAAUGUUUGUUGGA